AUGAGCGCGCACCCAGGCGCACAGCGGACCCACCCACUCCACGGCGUCGGCCAUCCACACCAUCCACGACCCCCAUCGGGAGGGGGACACCACCACCCUGCCUACCCCGCACCGUACGCCUACCAGAGCACAUCGCACUCGCCAGACUCGCCCAACUCGCCCAUCCACGUCGACAGCGCGCGCGCGAACCACGCAGGAGCCGUCGCGGGGCCGUCGCAGCCGAAGAGGGCCGCGAGGACGAGCGGCGUGUUUGACGGGACAGACGAUGGCAGCCCGGGCGCAGAGGGCGACGGCAUACCAGCGAGGAAGCGCUCCAAGCAGUCCCUGUCGUGCGGAGAGUGCAAGCGCCGGAAGAUCAAGUGCGACCGCAAGAUCCCUUGCUCGAGCUGCUUGAAGCGCAACCAACCCGACGCAUGCAGCUGGGAGGACGCCAAAAUCGAGCCGGAAAAGCAGCCGUUCGCGCUCGCGACCGAUGUUCACGAACUUCGCGAACGGCUGCAGCUCGUCGAGCGCUUCAUCAACAAGCUUCCGGCGCCGCUCAAAGCGUCCUUUGCCGAGCUUGGCGUGUCGAUGAUGGGGCAAAGGCCGAAAAAGGAUUUGAGCGCAGCCGACGCUCCCAUCGACUACCCCUCCUUCGAGAGCGCCAUCAGCAAGCAUCCUACCGGUCACCAGUCUGACGACCUCGGCGUUAUCGACAACCUCAUCUUUGGCGGCAGCGGCAAGUUCGCCAACAGCGGCACGACCCUGAUGCAGCUUCCCGAGCCCGACUUCACUGCCUGGCGAACCUCCAUCGUCGCUCCCCGCAUCAUCUUCGUCAGUCCGGCGACAUCGACAAACCUCGGCCUCGACCUGUGUCUGAACCAGGCAGAACUCGACGCCGAACGCCUGCGCACGCUCGACAAGAUCUUUCCGAUCCUGCCACCGAAGCACGAAGCCUACGAUUCGGCACAACGCUACUUCGAGCAGUUCGACUGGUUCUUCCCCGUCAUCCACCGCGAGACGUUCUUUGCCGAACUCGAGCGGUUUUGGCAGAUGUACGAGGCGGGAAGGCGACACGAAGUCGAUCCGGCGUGGCUCGCGCUCUACACCAUCGUCCUCGCGCUCUCGUGCGACGAGUCGAUGGCCAUGACGGUCGUCAGCUCACCCGGCGAGAAGGGAGACUGGAAGUCGCAGGGCGCGUCGUACCAUGCGGCGUCGCAGAAGCUGCUCAUGCUGGCGGAUGCAUUCGGUCGUCCACAAGUCCGCGCAAUCCAGGUGACCAUCCUCUUCGCUUGCUGGACGAUGGUGUCGGCGUACGGAGGCGAGUUCGGCCGCUUCUCGUCCUGGCUCGCCGCGGCAAUUCGAACAGGCCAACGACUCGGUCUCCAUCAGCUCGGAAGCGACCCCGAAGUCAUGCCGCCUGACGACCCCGCCUGGCCGCCUGGCAAGAACUCGUUCAAGCGCGAGUCGGCGUUGCGGUUGUGGGGUCAUCUGCGGUUUUUCGACUACCUCGCUGCUUCGGCUCGCUUCAAGGCUUACGCCAUUAACCCGACACAUACGAACACAGCUUUCUUGUCCAACUUGAACUGGAGCGACCUGUCGAUGGACGACUGGAGGGUCACGCCGGCGCCCAACAAUAUCCUGACCGACGCCUCGCUUGACCGUCAGAAAGCAGCGAUGGCGAUGAUCAACCGCAAGACGUUCGACCUGCUCAUCGCCGACGAGAACGGCUUCAACUAUGGCACGAUCCUCGAAAUCGACAAGGAGUACCGCGAAUUGAUGGCGAACCUCCCGGACGUCUUCCAGCACGAGUACGUGUCCCUCGAGACGAAGGACCCGAUCAUUCGGGCGAAGCGCUACAUCGUCUUACAGGGAACGAACAACCGCCUCGUUCGCCUGCACCGCCCGUUCCUCGUCAAGGGCUGGGAGCCGAACUCGAAGUUCGCGUACAGCACGGACGCUUGCAUCCGCGCCGCCAAGAUCGUCUUGAUCAGCCACCACAACAAUAUCAAUAUCAACCGCAACUUGCGCAUGAUGUACUCGCACUCGUUGACCGCUGCGACCGUUCUCGCCGCCGACCUCUACCAUGCCAUCGACGAAGGCUGCACCGACGCCGAGCUUGAGAGCAAGAAGGAGGUGCUCGCGAUGAGUCUUGAGAUCUUCAGCGAGGACAUCGAGAAGAAGGUCGCGUCACACCAUCUGCGGAACAUCAUCUCGUCUGCUCGCAAGGUCCUGAGCGGCUUGCUGUUCGAGCAGGAGAAGCGCCGCGCCCGUCGCCUUGCGAGGAUGAUGUCGGGCGACAGCAGCUCCGCCGAGCGCUCCUUCGCCGAGAUCUUGCAAGCUCUCGCGCGCGAGCUCGACACGGAGCAAGUUGCCACUUCUUCCGCCGCACCAGCCGGCACCGUCCCCGUCCUCCCCUUGUCGACCACCUCGACGCCCGUCAGCCUCCCGUCCGUCAACUCCGGUGACGCCGCUCGUGUCGCGACGCCCAACCUCUUCAACACGCAAUUGAAGCCGGACGAGGCGCUCUCACGCAACACCUACGGCGACGCGCUCAGCGGGUCGUUCUCGUCGAACCUGCUGCAGGACAUGGGCCUCAUCAACCUUGGUGGGCAGACGUGGGACUACUGGUCGCAAGGCGUCGUCUCGACGGGUGCAGGGUCAGCAGCGGCGCCCGCUUUCAGCUUCGACCCUCAGAUUUUCGGCGCAUCGCUGACGCCUGGCGCAUCGGAGUCGACGGAGCAAACGACGCAGGCAUUGCUGCAGCAGCUUGUCGGCGGCUGGUGA